UGGUGAUCUAAUUUCUGCAUAUAGUAUAAGGUAAGCUAAAUUUCAGGAAAUUUUGUAACAAAUAUAUAGAAAAACGUAAGACUGCCAAUAUUCACAUGAUCCAAGAAGCUCUUUUCCCCAUUCAGAUUAUCCUUUCCAAGCCCCCUUUUUCUGUGGGUAAAUAAUCAAAUAAAUUGAAGUCAAAGUAGACAAAUAGAGACAGUCCUUGUUCUUCAAAACUUGUGCUUUCUUGUUUCACCUUCUCGUUCCAUAGUUUCUAUUCACAGACGAUCGUUACGCAUACCUUACAUAUAUACCAUUUUCAUACUAUAUAAUAUGACUAUCUAUGAUCCGUUAUCUACAAGUUCUGUUUCUUAACGACUCUGGCCAAAUCUUCACCGUCCUCGAGAAUUUUAUGCGAACAGAAAAUGUUGCAUUAAUAUAGAUAACUCAUUGUUUACUUUUUUUUUUAAAACAAAGUAAUAUAUAGUUAAUUUUACAUUCUAUUAAAGAUAGACAUAUAGUAAUCGUGCAGCGUCCAUUAACUAAGCCGUACAAAUAGCGCAAUGUACACCCAAUAACCCAUCUCUCCAAAGAGGCCAUAGGCUUCUUAGUUCGCUUCGAAACAAUCUCCAAGAAGAUCUAUUUUCUUAUUCAUAUCUUAUGCUAAAAAACAAAUACUAGUAUUUAAAAUAUUUAUCAAAGAUUCAAACCCUUAACCCUGUCUCCCCCAAGAAGCAACAGUGAGUGCAACCUUACGAGGCAUUUGCUCCCCAACACUUCCUCCACUUUCCAGCCUCCACGUGUCUCACCCUCUCCACAUGCACUAACUCUCACACACACAUUCAUGCAUGCGUAUAUAAUACAUUCUUAAUCUGAGAGAGUAAGGAAGAGAGAGAUAUGGAGAGAGCAGAGGCCUUGACGUCAUCGUUUAUAUGGCGGCCAAACGCAAACGCAAACACGGAGAUAACGCCGAGUUGUCCAAGAUGUGGAUCCUCCAACACAAAGUUCUGUUACUACAACAACUAUAGCCUAACUCAGCCUCGCUACUUUUGCAAAGGCUGCCGCAGAUAUUGGACCAAAGGUGGCUCCCUCCGCAAUGUUCCUGUAGGUGGUGGCUGUCGCAAAUCCCGCCGCCCCAAAUCCUCCUCUGGUAACAACGCUAAAACCGGCCUAACCGCUAAUUCUGGCAGCUCUGGUGGUGGUUCACCAAGUAUAGAUCUUGCUCUUGUUUACGCCAAUUUCUUGAAUCCAAAGACUGAUGAAUCUAUACUACAAGAAAACUGCGAUUUAGCUACAGUCACUACGGAUUUUCUAGUUGAUAAUCCUACUGGCACUUCCAUGGACCCUUCAUGGAGUAUGGACAUCAAUGAUGGUCAUCAUCAUGAUCAUUACAAUAAUCAGGUGGAACACAUUGUGGAGGAAUGUGGUUAUAAUGGCUUGCCUCCAUUUCCUGGUGAAGAGCUUCUCUCUUUAGACACUAAUGGUGUUUGGUCUGAUGCUUUGUUGAUUGGCCAUAACCACGUAGAUGUUGGUGUGACUCCGGCUCAGGCUGUACACGACCCGGUGGUUCAUUUCGCUGAUGAAUCCAAUGAUUCCACCAACCUCUUGUUUGGAAGUUGGAGCCCUUUUGAUUUCACGGCCGAUGGAUGAUACUUAUAUUUGCAUAUAAAUUUAUGAAUUUGUGUUAUUGUACCUAUCAUACAAAUGAUAUACACAAUUAUAUGAAAUCUUAUAGAUCAUUUCAUGUAAUUAAGAAACUCGAUAAUUUAAGUACAAAUUUAAGGGGUAACAUGUAUACGCUAUAUAGGAUCAUUAUUUAUUUUGGUUAUUCAGUCGUUUUCAAGAUUUCCUCAAGAAUCACACGUGGAGGUCCUUGUCUUUGGAUUCGAUUGGGAUUUGCUUCGUUACUUGAACUUGCACAAUUCAGAGAAAGUGAGACGCACGUGUAUCACGGGUGCACGUGUGAGAGCCUGUUAGUAUCUCUGGCCUAUGUGUUAGUGUGUAGAUCCUUCUCCA